UCAGUAAUAUAUGAUUCAAAUAGUGGGGAAGUUUGCACAGUGUGGAUAAAAGGAUUUACUUUUAAAGUGAAUCUGUAGUAUUUUGUGUGAUUCUACCAUAGAAUGACUAUGAGAGACCAAUUAAAAGAAUCUACACGUCAUGAUUAUUCCCGGGCAGUUUUUACUGGAACUUUCACUGUUUGGCAAGAAUUUUUGUUAGAGAAAGAAAGUGUCUUUUGGAGUACAGUGCGCUUAUUCGAUUCUUUAUUACGUGGUUUCAGUCAAGUUGUACUCGCAAAUAAUCCAAUUAGUGGAUUAUUGUUAACGAUUUCUUUAGGAGUUAGUGCACCAAAUACGUUACUCUUCUCAGCGAUCACUGGCUUUUUAGGUCUUCUAUUAUCUGUGCUGAUACGAGAUUCACAGGAAAACAUUGCUAAUGGGUUGACAGUGUUCAAUCCAUUAUUGGUUGGUGCAGUAUCCUCUAGUUUAAUACCAAGUGUCUAUGGACCAUUUGAUAGUUUUAGUAUACUAUUGACGAUUCUGGGAACGAUAUUCAGUGUCUAUUUGGCCCGCUCUUUGAGAAACAAUAAGUUACCAUUCAUAGCAUGGCCGUUUAAUCUGACUGAAUUUGCGUUGCUCCUGGUCCUUUAUACCAGAGACAAUGGACAUGAUACGACGCAGAAACUGCAACCAGUUAUGAGAAUGGACAAUGCAACAAGUGAUGCGACGAUAGGCGAUGUCAGUUUCAUCGGAGAAAAUGCGACAGGGGUCCACAUUGACUGGGGAAUGAUGUUUCAUGGUGUUAUAGUGUCGGCGUCGCAGGUGUUAGCAGUUGAAAGCGUUUUUAUAGGUGCCGUGGUUUAUUUAGCUUGUCUACUUUAUUCUCCGAUAACGGCUGGCUUUGCUUUUUUGGGUGCACUCGUCGGUUCAUUGGCGGGUAUUAUACUAUUUUUGUGUAUAAGCCUUGAAUUUAUCGAGCGUUUAAUGCUCGAUGUGCAGAUCGAUGAAAUUUAUACCGGUUUAUGGGGUUACAACACUUUCUUGACGGGUGCUUCAUUAGGAGGAAAUUUCUUUGUCCUCAACGGACAAACAGCUGCAGCUACGAUUGUAGCGAUCGUAUACACCGUGAUCGUACAAUAUGCUAUAUUAUUCUUCUUUAGAAACCUGAAACUGCCGAUACUUACGUUGCCGUUUGUCCUGGUAACGUCUUUAUUUCUGAAAUUAAGGAGUAAUCCAGGAGAUAAAACUUUUCCACAACCACCGCCCAUUUCCUUCUCGCGGACGCAACAUCGAGAUUAUAUUACCAGCCAACAAGCUCAGCUUAUUCAGCAAUCGGAGUUGAAGAUUGAUAUGCAUUACGAUGGGGCUAUCGUCAUAGGAACUCUAGAAAUAUCGAUUUCUGCUCUAGCCGAGGCUAACCUGCUUUUAUACGAUACUGAGGAAUCGCGUAUGGUGGAUGUGAUUCUGUUGUGCCAAAGGUUAUUGACGAAAGCAUUCACCGACAUGCUCGCUUUUUACUUUAUUUAGAAGACGGGAUAGAAU